CUUCUUCCCACCUCCGGCAACCCCCGGCACCAGAGCGGGCACUCUUCCCUUCGCCAUCCCCCGACAUUUCACCCCGGGGACUGGGCGCCUCCUCCGGCGCAGCUCUAGGAGCGGGGGUCGGUCUCCUGCGCGUCUGUCGCGCCUCCAUGUCGGAUAACCAGAGCUGGAACUCCUCGGGCUCGGAGGAGGAUCCGGAGACGGAGUCCGGACCGCCUGUGGAGCGCUGCGGGGUCCUCAGCAAGUGGACAAACUACAUUCAUGGGUGGCAGGAUCGUUGGGUAGUUUUGAAAAAGAACACGUUGAGCUACUACAAAUCUGAAGAUGAGACAGAGUAUGGCUGCAGAGGAUCCAUCUGUCUUAGCAAGGCUGUCAUCACGCCUCAUGAUUUUGAUGAGUGUCGAUUUGAUAUUAGUGUGAAUGACAGCGUUUGGUAUCUUCGUGCUCAGGAUCCAGAUCACAGACAACAGUGGGUAGAUGCCAUCGAACAGCACAAGACUGAAUCUGGUUAUGGAUCUGAAUCUAGUUUGCGUCGACAUGGCUCAAUGGUAUCACUGGUGUCUGGGGCAAGUGGCUAUUCUGCAACAUCCACCUCUUCAUUCAAGAAAGGCCACAGCUUACGUGAGAAAUUGGCUGAAAUGGAAACCUUUAGAGAUAUCCUAUGUAGACAAGUUGAUACUCUACAGAAGUACUUUGAUGCCUGUGCUGAUGCUGUCUCCAAGGAUGAACUUCAAAGGGAUAAAGUGGUAGAAGAUGAUGAAGAUGACUUUCCUACGACACGUUCUGAUGGAGACUUCUUGCAUAAUACCAAUGGCAAUAAGGAAAAGUUGUUUCCACAGGUAACACCAAAAGGAAUUAAUGGCAUAGACUUUAAAGGGGAAGCAAUAACUUUCAAAGCAACUACUGCUGGAAUCCUUGCUACACUUUCUCAUUGUAUUGAACUAAUGGUAAAACGUGAGGACAGCUGGCAAAAGAGACUUGAUAAGGAAAUUGAGAAAAGAAGAAGAAUAGAGGAAGCUUACAAAAAUGCCAUGACAGAACUUAAGAAAAAAUCCCACUUUGGAGGACCAGAUUAUGAGGAAGGUCCAAACAGUCUGAUUAAUGAAGAAGAGUUCUUCGAUGCGGUUGAAGCUGCUCUUGACAGACAAGAUAAAAUAGAAGAACAGUCACAGAGCGAGAAGGUCAGGUUACAUUGGCCUACAUCCAUGCCAUCUGGAGAUGCCUUUUCUUCUGUGGGGACUCAUAGAUUUGUCCAAAAGGUUGAAGAAAUGGUACAGAACCACAUGACAUAUUCAUUACAGGAUGUAGGUGGAGAUGCCAAUUGGCAGUUGGUUGUAGAAGAAGGAGAAAUGAAGGUAUAUAGGAGAGAAGUAGAAGAAAAUGGGAUUGUUCUUGAUCCUUUGAAAGCUACCCAUGCAGUUAAAGGAGUUACAGGACACGAGGUCUGCAAUUACUUCUGGAAUGUUGACGUUCGCAAUGAUUGGGAAACAACUAUAGAAAACUUUCAUGUGGUGGAAACAUUAGCUGAUAAUGCAAUCAUCAUUUAUCAAACACACAAGAGAGUGUGGCCUGCUUCUCAGAGAGAUGUAUUAUACCUUUCUGCCAUUCGAAAGAUACCAGCCUUGACUGAAAAUGACCCUGAGACUUGGAUAGUUUGUAAUUUUUCUGUGGAUCAUGACAGUGCUCCGCUGAACAAUCGAUGUGUCCGUGCCAAAAUAAAUAUCGCUAUGAUUUGUCAAACCUUGGUAAGCCCACCAGAGGGAAACCAGGAGAUUAGCAGGGACAACAUUUUAUGCAAGAUUACGUAUGUAGCUAAUGUGACUGAAGCAAGGCUGUGUGACAUUCCAUGUUGGAGGGAAAACUUUAAAAAAAAAUUGAAUGCUCUAAGCUGGAACGUAGGAUCUCUAGCCUUGUCUAUGGCCCAGCACCUUGGCCUUGUGUACAAAAACGAAGAAAUACUGCAAUAGCAAAGCUGAACAUCUAACACUAGCUGUCUCCUGCUAGCUCUCCACACUCAGCAUAUAACUAUAAAUACAUGUACAAUUACAUGUACAUGGCUAUAUUUUUAUUUGCUUGCUCCUAGAAGAGGAAAAAAAUCAACUUUGAAUCACAACUAGAAAUUGAUGCUUUAAGUUUUGGAAACUUUUUCAGAAUUUUUAAUUUAGUGUGGUCCAGCCUAAGAUCCUCAGUUGUAUCAGGUUUUGUGCACAAAAGAAAAGCACAGAAGUUGAACGCCCACAGGCAUACGCUUUCUGUGCGCCAGCUGCCUGGAUGGGGUUCUCAUUUCAGGCCUGCAGUUAAACCUGUUUCCAGAAUUUUUUUUUUCUUUUUUGCUUUGCAUAAUCAUAGAAUUUGUUGCUGCUGAUUUCUGUAAUGAUUCAUGUUGUCAUGAAAAGUGUCUCUUAAUGACUGAGGGCUGUCAAUAACCUGUGAUUUUUUUGUUUUUUCCGUAGUCUUACUCCCAUGAAGAACUUUGGUUCUGAUGGAGAAAGAAGGAAAAGCUUUAUUUUUUUUUUCUUAGCUAUCUUUGUAUUUCCUGUAUUUUAAGUUGUACACUGUUGUGCUACAGACUUUUUUGUUUGUUUGUUAGAAACACAAUUUGGCAAUUCCUAAAUUGGUUCUUUCUUACCUUCAAACAGAAACAUCUGUGCAAAUCUUAUGGGUAUAAACUGCUUUCUGGUAAAAUGAACGGGGUAAAAUGAGCUUACAUUUUUAUGAAAUUUGUGAGAGAAUAUACAGUUAUUGUGAAAGCAAAUCAGACGGAUUUUGACCCUUUGAUUCAAUAUUUGUAGUAUUCAGUAACAGGUAUGGGUUUUUUUUUUUCUAAUCUGGGUUAGUUUGUAAAAGAUGUUGCAAGACAUGCCUAGAAAAUGUGAGCAAUGUCCCUAUUUGCCUCUUGAUCAGAAACUGCAGCAGAGCAGUGAAGGACUCCCUGUGAAAUUCUUUCCUUCGUUGCUAUAAGAACGUAAAUGUAUAAUACUUUAUUUAGUUUUAUUAGUUUCUGGCCUCUGAUAAAAACCUUGAAGCAUGGAGUUGAGGCAAGGAAUUUUACUCACUGAAGUAGAAAUGACUGCCCACUUCAAAAUCUUCAUUAUGUUUAUACACAAAUGUGCUUACAUAAGUUAGAGGCAUUUUGUAGAUGCUUUUCUGACUUGUUCAUCUCUGUAGAAACACAGAAAUCAGAUCCAUUUUGUAAAGCAGAAAGUCAUGUCACGUGGAACAUGUCUUGUAUAUAUUUCAUACAUGGUAAUGGAGUCUUAAUGAUAAAUGCAAGGUGAUAAUUUAAUGAUGGGAUUAGUCUGAUCACUUAAUAUGCACAAUCCUGGAAGUGAAUUACUUGCAUCAGAUAUAGUGCUAUUUAUUAUUCUGUACAGAGAGAAAAAUACAUAUAAAACAUAUGCUUAACAUUACAUGCACGUGGAUUUCAUGCUCCAUAAAUCUUUUCUAUUUUUAAUUUACCUUUCUCUAAAUGAUGUGCAUGGACUAUGCCUUAUUAUAGAAAAAUGCUGUUCAUAAUUGGACUAUGUGGAAAAGUGCCUAUGGUGGUAAUGCUAGUCAGGCAAACAACAAAUUAUCAUAUCAGUUUACUACAUCACCAUUUAACAUUUUGUAUUGUGAUGUUUAAAAAAAGAAAAGUUUAUACCUCAGAUGUGUACUUUAUUUUACAAUCAGCUGUGGGCUGGGGUGUGGGAGCAUGGGAGGGUUAGGGAGGGAAGGUAUAUUCACCAUAAACACUGAUGGGAACCUUCAAAAAAGUUCUAUAUGCCCACUAUAAAUAUUUCUUUGUUUGCCAUUUUUUCUGGUAACUAUCAUGAACACAGGCAAGUAACUCAUAACUAAAUUGGAUAGCUUUAUUUUACAAAGGUAUGGAAAGUUUACAAAGCAGUAUCUAAAUCUAAUUAUCGUUUGUUGCAUUUGCACUAAAUGUUAAUGAUAUACUUUUGCAGUUUAUUCUGUAAAUAAAAUGAUUACACUAAAAUAUUUGUAUUAAAAAAGAAAAAAGAUACGUUUUACCUUUAGAUAAUUACACUGGUACUUCACUAGAGUUAAUCCUGUCCAACCAGAUACACAAAUUAGGAGAAUGUGAAAAGAAUUUAAAAGCGGUCAAAUUUUAGAGAGGUGCUAGCCCUUUAGACAGUAUUCAGACCCUCUAGAAUUAUUUCCAUAUGGCGAAUUCCUGCAUACUCUGAAUAUACAUGAUGUUUUCUCAUCCAGUUAUUUCCUACUUCUCUUCCCCAAGCCAAAAAAAAAAAAGGAUCUUUUUACUCUCUUUUCUACUCAGUUACCCUUUUAUACUGCAAUAGAAACUUUAACAAUAUUGGUGAUGAGGGGGUUUUGUUCCCUGAGUGAGAACACAGUGUUUUAGUUAGAAUGCAGGACUCCCAAUUUGGAGGGCAGGGUCAUCCUAGCAGCUCUGAGUUCGGGAUCGCCAGACAUAUAGGGGCAGCCAGAGCAAGGAGGGGGAUGGCCGGGAGAGGUGUAAGAGUCAAAGUAAGGAAAAUGAGGAAAGGGUUUCCCAUUUGUUUGGUGUCAUCAACUAAUCUCUACACCUAUACAACAUCAGUGUCAAUUGCAAUUGAAAAUUUUUAGUUGGGAUGAGCUGGGUCUCUUGUGAAAUCGUGCUGGUUAUCUUCAAGUUUAUCAGUUGUUUGUCCAAUUAAACACUUUAACCAGUAUUUAGUCCAGGUUGUACAGAUGAUGUAUUUGAAUUCUUGUCAUUGUUCAUCCACAAACUCAAAACAUAAUCAUUUUAAAGUAUCUUGGGAGUGUAUAGAGUGUAACUAUUCUAUAAUAACUUUAUGAUCCUGAUGAUGUUUUUAAAAAAUAAUAAAAGUUGGAUCUUCCAUGUUACAAUCACAAAAUUAAAACCAGUAUUUAAAUGCAGAAAAGUAUUAAAAUAUUAUGGACAAAA